AUGGGAUUGUCUUCUAUAUUUGGUGGUGGUUCUCCAUCUCAGCAACAAGAAACGCUUAUCCCAAACGAUAACUCAAAUGUCAAGACCCAGUUGAAGAAUCAAAUCUCUCAAGAACUAGCUGUUGCAAAUGCUACUGAAUUGGUUAACAAGGUAACUGAAAACUGUUUUGAAAAAUGUUUAUCAGCCCCUUACAGUAUAGGGCAAGAUGGAUGUGUUGACCAGUGCCUUGCGAAAUAUAUGAGAAGUUGGAAUACCAUCUCCCAGGCCUAUAUCGCUAGGAUCCAGCAGGCGUCUGCAGACGGUGACAUUUAG